AAUCAACUUUCCAAGUUUAUAUUGCCAACAAUUAUAGAAAUGACACCACCAAACUUUAACGUCUCAUCGGAAACUGCCAGACAAUACGAAUCAGAAUACUCUGCUCACAAUUACCACCCAUUGCCAGUGGUGUUUUCCCAUGCCAAAGGUGCACAUGUGUGGGAUCCAGAAGGGAAUGAAUACUUGGACUUUUUAUCUGCUUACUCUGCUGUCAAUCAAGGACAUUGUCAUCCAAAGAUUGUUGAAGCAUUAGUUGAUCAAGCCCUGAAGUUGACCUUAUGCUCACGUGCCUUUUCAUCUGAUGUGUUUGGUGUUUUUGCUAAAUACAUCACCGAAUAUUUCAAUUAUGAAAUGGUGUUGCCAAUGAACACUGGUGCUGAAGCUGUUGAAACCGGGUUGAAGUUGGCUAGAAGAUGGGGGUAUGUCAAGAAGGGUAUCGCUCCAAAUGAAGCUAUUAUUUUAUCCGCAACUAAUAACUUCCACGGUAGAACCUUGGGUGUUAUUUCAAUGAGUACUGAUCCAGAUGCUAGAACUUCAUUUGGACCUUAUUUGCCAAAUGUGGGCCCACAAAUUCCAGGUGAACCAGAAGGCACAUUUAUUAGAUAUGGUGUAAUUGAAGAUCUUGAACUUGCAGUUAAGAAUGCUGGUGAUAAAGUUGCUGCUAUUUUAUUAGAACCAAUCCAGGGUGAAGCUGGUAUUGUAGUUCCUCCAGAAGACUACUUGCCUCGUGUUCAAGAAUUGUGUAAAAAGCACAAUAUCUUGUUGAUAUGUGAUGAAAUUCAAACUGGUAUUGCUAGAACUGGGAAGAUGUUAUGCUAUGAACAUUCUCAAGGAGUCAAGCCAGAUAUCAUCUUGUUGGGUAAAGCCAUUUCAGGAGGAGUUAUGCCUGUGUCUGCUGUAUUAUCCCUGAAGGAAAUUAUGUUGACAUUGGAACCAGGAUCUCAUGGUUCUACAUAUGGUGGUAAUCCUUUGGCUUGUAGAGUAGCAAUUGCUGCUCUUGAAGUGGUUAAGGAUGAAAACUUGGUAGAAAGAUCACAGAAGUUGGGUGAUUUCUUGAAACAAGAGUUGGUCAAGCUUCAAGGCGAGUCUGAUGGAAUGAUCUCUGAAGUUCGUGGUAAGGGGUUAUUAUCCGCUAUUGUUAUUGAUGAAGCCAAGACUAAUGGUAGAACCGCUUGGGAUUUAUGUUUGAUUAUGAAGAAGUAUGGAGUUUUGGCUAAGCCAACCCAUGAUAAUAUUAUUAGAUUGGCACCACCUUUGAUUAUUUCCGAGGAAGAUUUAUUAAAGGGAGUUGAUUCUAUUAGAAAGGCAGUUAAGGAGUUACCAACUGCAGAAAAAACCGAACAUUAAAUGUGUAUACUUGUAUAAAUUUGUAUCAAAUGAAAUAAUCUAUUGGU